AUGCCUCGCUCUCAAAUGGCAACAAAAAUGGCCGAGCAGCCUCUGGUUCUGGGAAGAGUGAUCGGAGAUGUGGUGGAUCCCUUCAUCCCAACCAUUAAAAUGUGUGCCACUUUCAGCAACAAGCAAGUCCUCAACGGCCAUGAAUUCUUCCCUUCUUCCCUCUCCUUCAAGCCCAGGGUUGUCAUUCAAGGAGAAGACAUGAGAUCCUUCUUCACUCUGAUCAUGGUUGACCCGGAUGUCCCUGGCCCUAGUGAUCCAUACAUGAGGGAACACCUUCACUGGUUGGUGACUGACAUUCCAGGAACUACGGAUGCUACUUUUGGAAAGGAAUUAAUGAGCUAUGAAAUUCCAAAGCCGACAAUAGGAAUUCACAGGUUUGUGUUUGUUCUGUUCAAACAAAAACGGCGUCGUUCACUCAACCCUCCAUCUUCAAGGGAUCGUUUCAACACUCGAAGAUUUUCAGCUGAGAAUGAUUUGGGUCUUCCUGUGGCUGUUGUUUAUUUCAAUGCACAGAGAGAAACUGCUGCAAGAAGGCGAUAGAUAGAAUAAUAACAAUUGUUCUUAUGUUGUU